AUGAAGUUCUUACUGUUUCUCGUGAUGUUAAUUGGACUAACUCUUGCUGCACCACAAUUUGGCGGAGGAAACACUGGCGGAGGUGACUUCCAUAUUUUGCCAUAUCCGGGUCCCGGAAGCGGAGGAUUCCAAGGUAAUUUCCCUCAGAGACCUGGAGGAGGCUUUGGCGGAGGUUAUACCGGAGGAAGACCAGAUGCAUAUAGUAACUUUGGAGGAUUUCCUGGAUAUGGAGGAAAUUUUGGAGGCGGAUUCGGCGGCAGACCAGGAGGAUUUAAUCCUUAUUCAGACCGACCUAUUCCCGUUGAUCCUGGAAUCGGAAAUGGCUAA